AUGGCUGCCAAUCUGGACCACGCCAUCGGGCUCCUGGUGACCACCUUCCACAAGUACGCGUGCAAGGAGGGUGACAAGAACACGCUGAGCAAGGCCGAGCUGAAGGAGCUCGUCCAGAAGGAGCUGAGCAUCGGCUCGAAGCUGGAGGAGGCCGAGAUCGCCCAGCUCAUGGCCGACCUGGACCGCAACAAGGACGAGCAAGUGAACUUCACGGAGUACAUCACCUUCCUGGGGGCCUUGGCCAUGAUUUACCACGAUCUGCUGAAGGAGUGCAAAUAG